AUGGCACCCAUGGACCAUUUAGGCACCUACGGAAGAUUCUCAACCAAUCAGAACUGGCUCAAGGACUCCUGGACGACCCAGCUAUCAGCCAUCAGAACCAAUGAGGAUACGAGGCCUUCACCUCAGAGAGACGACACACAGGUUCUUCACUCUCUGUUUGGUUCUCACCUGUCCUCCCUCAUCAUGGCCACUCCCACCUCUGAUGACAUCACAGAGGGCUCAGCCGGACCACCCGCCCCCUCCGUUUCCUCUCCCUUCAGAGGAUUGGCCGUGAGUCGGGAUGCUGUGAGGGGAUUGGCUGGCAGGCAGGAGGCGGUCCCUCAGUUCUUCCUAGACUUCCUGCAGCGGCAGUCGAAGAUGAGGAGGCGGAGCAGGAAGUCGAUGAUGGGAGGAAGAGGAUGCUUCGGGAUGAAGAUGGACCGCAUCGGCUCCAUCAGCGGGCUGGGCUGUUAG